CAUCCCAUAGAUUUGAAUGUAACCUGCCGGUACGCAGGCGUAUUCCAUGUGGAGAAAAAUGGUCGCUACAGCAUCUCACGGACUGAGGCAGCUGACCUCUGCAAGGCUUUCGAUUGCACCCUGCCCACCAUGGCCCAGAUGGAGGAAGCCUGGCGAGCGGGGUUUGAGACCUGCAGGUACGGGUUCAUAGAAGGGCACGUGGUGAUUCCCCGCAUCCACCCCAACCCCAUCUGUGCCGCAAACCACACAGGGGUGUACAUUCUCACCUCCAACACCUCCCAGUAUGACACCUACUGCUACAAUGCUUCAGCACCGCAAGGAGAAGAUUGUACCGCAAUCACAAACCUGACCAAUGCCUUUGAAGGAGAGGUAUCCAUAAGUACGGAUUCAAAUAUCAUCACAGCAGGCUGGAAGCCAACUGAAGAAAAUGAAGAUGAAAGAGACAAACACCCCAUUCAUUCUGGAUCAGGCAUUGAUGAUGAUGAAGAUUUUAUCUCCAGCACCAUUUCAACCACACCACGGGUUUCUGACCACUCAACCCAGAACCGGAAUGGGAGCCAGUGGAGUCCAGGCUUUUUAAACCCAGAAGUAUCACUUCAGACAACCACAAGGAUGACUGAUGUGGACAGAAGUGGCACCAGUGAUUAUGGAGAAAACUGGCCCCAGGAGGCACAGUCUCCUCUCACUCACCAUGAACAUCAUGACGAAGCGGCGACCCAGCAUUCUACAAGCACAACCUCGGCCCACGACACCCAUCCAAAUCAGAGAACGACAACACUGAGUGAAGAGGACAGUUCCUGGACUUAUUUUUUGGACCCAAUCUCACAUCCAAUGGGACGAGGUCAUCAAACAGAAAGCAGAAUGGAUAUGGACUCCAGCCAUAGUACAACACUUCAGCCUUCUGAAGAUUCAAACACACAUUUGGUGGAAGACUGGGACAGGACAGAACCUCUUCCAAUGACAACUCAGCAGAGUCAUACUCAGAGCUUCUCUACAUCACAUGGAGGCUUCGAAGAAGAUAAAGACCAGCCAAUGAUGUCCACUCCAACACCUAGCAAUAGGCAUGAUGGCGGAGGUGGACAUCUUCCUGAAGACUCAGCUACUUCAGUGGGAGGUUAUACUCCUCAUUCCCCAGACACAAAGGAGUACACAACCCUCAUCCCAGUGACCCCUGCUAACACUGAGUCCCCUGGAGUUACUGAAGUUACUGUUGACGGAGAUUCCAACGUUAAUGUUGAUGGUCCCUUGCCAGAAGAUGGAGACUCAUCUUCCGACCCCAGGGACCAUACCACUCAAAGAUCUGGACCAACUGGACACUCCAGUGGGAGUCGAGAAGGUGAGGCCAACACAACCUCGGGUCCUAUAAGGAAACCUCAAAUUCCAGAGUGGCUGAUCAUCUUGGCGUCCCUCCUGGCCCUGGCUUUGAUCCUCGCCGUUUGCAUUGCGGUCAACAGCCGAAGAAGGUGUGGGCAGAAGAAAAAGCUGGUGAUCAAUGGGAAUGGAGCUGUGGAGGACAGAAAGCCAAGCGGACUCAACGGGGAGGCCAGCAAGUCUCAGGAGAUGGUGCAUUUGGUGAACAAGGAGCCGUCGGAGACCCCAGACCAGUGUAUGACAGCCGAUGAGACGCGGAACCUACAGAACGUGGACAUGAAGAUUGGGGUGUAACACCUAUUCCAUGACCUUGGAUAGAAAUCACACAUAACCAAUACAGGGAGCUGGGACACUCACAGAUGCAAUGUGCUACUGAUUAUUUCAUUGGGGUUCUUUUUUUUUUUUUUUUUUAGCAUAACAUUUUCUACUCCUUUUUGUUUAUUGUGCUUUGUUUUUUGAAGUCAGUCAAUUUAUAAAAAGAGCAUUGCUUUCUGAAAUGAGGGCCCAAUUAACCAUCGGCAAGAUUUUGACUUAAGCCUCCCACUCCCUGGGGUAUGCUAUGGAUGGCGUCUAAAAAAAGCCAUAAAUGCAUCUUUCUGAUCCUCAACCUUCCCUCCACCCCACCUCCCAGAUGACAGCCGCAUGCUAAGGACACCCCCCCCCCCCCCAGAGCUAAGAGGAACUGGUUCCUGAAAGGAAAUCUGAAUGGGUUCAUAUUGUCCAUCUAGGGGCCCAGUCCCUAGGCAUUGCUUUCCAUGGGGGUAGGGGACUGGGAUGUACUGGUUAUACAUCCUUUUCCACAGACGCCCUGGAAAUUUUCCCAAUGCUAUUGAGAAUGCCCAAAGGGUCAAGCUAUUUAUCUGUAGUAAGCUAUUUAUCUGUGUUUUUGAAAUAUGAAACCCUGGAGGUCCUGUAAUUAGUAUGAUUUUUUUUUUGUUUUGUUACUUUGUCAGAAGCAUAAAAAGGGUUUAAGUUGAUUCAUAAUAAACAGCUGUGUUUCUUCCACUUUUACCCUUUGUGCUGUGAUCCUUCAGUGUCUUAACCAGCAAGGUCUGGGUCCCAACAGCUCAUCAGGAAGAUGUGGGAGGGUUCCCUGGAAGACUUCCUCUCAGAGCUAAGUCCCUACUCAGACUCCCCUCACUCAAAUCUCAUAGAAGAUCCAGGAAGGCAGUUGAGUUUCUGAGGCUCAAAGGCUUUCUGUCUGGUCCUAGAACCAAAAUUGUGAGAGGAGGGACUUCGGCAACUUUCCUGUUAUAAUGGCCACCUAUUCUCUCCUUGAAGGGCUAUGAAAAGUCACAUUACAUUUGCAUGACGUACUAUUGUGGUGUCCCCUUCCACUGACCCCAUUAGUGAUGUCCAAAAACAAUAUGAAAGUGCCUUCUGGCCUCUUGUAACCAAGGAGAAGCCGUGGACAUGAAAGAGCAUAGACAGUAGCCACUGGUUGCACAGGUUGGGGGAGUGGGGGAGGGAGCAGUGUAGAUCCUGUUUGAGUAUUUUUAUGGCCGUAUUUGUUUAUACUUUAACAUUCCAGUUUCUGUUCCCAAUGACGGUGCUACUCAGAAAGUUAAGUGCCUGGGGAAUCUCAAAAGGUUAACAGGGUUUCCUACCUACUCAGUCUUAUUACCAGAUACCAGGUUUAUGGCCCAAUAAAAGAUUAAUGGCUUUAUCCCUUGGUUCUCAAGUCCUCUGUGGUCUUCAUUCACAACUUCAGAAAGCCCCAUUCAUUCUGGGACUUCCAAAGGCUACUUAUAAUAGAAGAGAUUAGAUCUCUAUAGUAAGAGCUCCUAUAAAAUGGGGCCUCCUUCAUUAGACCUCUAUAAAAAGUUAUCUGUUGCCUAAACUAAUAUGCUUAACUGGCAAUAUUUCUCAGACAAAAAGAAAAAGAACCAGAAGGACGAGGAGGAGGAAGAGAAGGAAGAGGAAGGGGGGGAGAGGGAGGAGGAAGAAGAGAAGAAGGAGGAAGAGAAUGUGGAAAGGAGGAGGAGGAAGAGAAAGAGAAGGAGAAGAAGAGGAGAUAGGAGGAGAGGGAGAAAGAGAGAAAGGAAGUGGAGAAGGAGGAAUAAGGAAGUCUAGAGCUUCCAUCUCUUAGGGGCACUAUACUUGUACUAUUGCCUGAAGUUCAUGGACUAGGAUGCAUUCUCUCCCAUUUGACGUUAUUAUAGUGUAACUCCAGAAGCGCAGCUUGGCUACACAUCAUUCCUACCAGUGACUUGGGCUAAGUCAUUCACCUGGGCUUUGCUUCUAUUAGUGAGGGGCCAGCAUUUCAUUGUUUUGCAAAGUUAAAAGAGGAAAGAUGAGAAGCCUGCAAAGCUGAGAGCUUAAGAGGUAAUUUUUCCUGUAAUCAUAAAUCUUUUAUGUCUCCUGAGGGCUCCUUUUAAAUUAGCACUGGGUGAAAAAUAAAAUGGGACAAAAGACACCUUCAUAUCUAUACUUUGCAGACUUUAACCUGCAGAAUGGAUUUCUCCAACAAAACCCCUCAAAAAGUUGUACAUCAAGACUAUGACACCAAGGACCAAUUUCUUAGCCAAUGUCCAUUCAAUGCUGUUUUAGUGGGAGUAGGAGGAAGGAAACCUCCCACUUCUGUAGAAGAUAAAAUGUGCUUCCGGAACAAGAAUAGAAUGGUUCAUUCACCUUUGUGUCAUAGUUAUGCCUUUUGUAAAUCACUUUGAGUUUUCCAAGAGUAUUUUAUUGUUUGCAUGUGUCUGGUGACCAUUGUUAUUUUGAUUUUUCACAAUACUCCCUUCCUCAGACUUUUGUAUAUUUAUUGACGGGCCAGUAACAAGGAAAGCAUGAUAUGUAUAUUGCCCAGUUGAAAGCAUUUAUUGGAAACUAUUAAAAGGAUACUGUUGAAACAUUAAA